UCUGUCAGGUUAACCGAGCAACGUAUUUUUGUUCCUGUGUCAACGAAAAAAGGAGAAAAAAAACAGCAGCCAGUGGGAACCCAAUAAGUUUCCAUCAAAUACUUAAUUUUCAUCCCACAUUUGCGGAAAGGCCGCAUCCCGUCAUCUAAAACCCGCAGUUUUUGAAGAACUCCUCAUAAAGAUGAACGCCAAUGUGGAGAAUUUGCCCCCUCACGUUCUUCGCUUGGUGUACAAAGAAGUUUCCGCUUUAGCUGCAGACCCUCCAGAAGGCAUCAAGAUCUACCCCAGUGAUGAAGACAUAACCGAACUUCACACAGCCAUAGAAGGACCCGAGGGAACCCCGUUCGCUGGCGGCGUGUUCCGAAUGCGUCUAGUCCUCGGGAAGGACUUCCCCGCUGUUCCGCCCAAGGGGUAUUUUCUGACCAAGAUUUUCCACCCCAACGUGGGCCACAAAGGCGAGAUCUGUGUCAACGUUUUGAAAAGGGAUUGGAAAGCAGAACUGGGGCUCAGACACGUUUUGCUCACAAUCAAAUGUCUCCUCAUCCACCCUAACCCGGAGUCGGCCCUCAACGAGGAAGCGGGUCGCCUGCUCCUGGAGGACUAUACGGAAUACGAAGCCCGCGCCCGCCUCAUCACCGAAAUCCACGCCAUGACGGUACCCGGCAGCUCUUCGGGGGCCUCGCAGGAACCCAGCGACGGACCUCAGCCCAAGAAGCAUGCGGGCGAUCUCGCCAAGAGGGCGGGAGCCGGCGCGGCCGCCGUGCCCGCCGCUCUCGGAAACGGCGCCAGCGGCAGCGGCAGCAGCAGCAGUAGUAGUAGUAGCUCCACCAAUAACAUCGCAGUGAAAAAGAAAGCAGAUAAAAAGCGUGCAUUGAGGCGACUUUAAUGCCUUUUAUGCAACAUUUUCAGUGCGUCUGCUUGCGUGUGUGCGUGUGGAAGAGUGUAAAUAAAGAUAUCCAAGUUGUUUUAAGGAUUUUUGUUUUCUUUAACCACCAUUCAGACUGUCCACCCCCAAUUUUGCCAAAUUUUAAAAUUGUCCUAUGUGCGAUACCUCAAUGGAAAGCUUAAAAUCUCAGUUUUCUGGGGAAGAAAAAUUUUGAACCGGAGGGCAUUUAAAAAAAAAAAAAAAUUAACAGCAAAACCCUGAGGCAUUAAAAAAAAAAAAAAUUAACAGAAAAACCCUAACUGAAGGUAGGAGCACAUGAGAGCAUAAUUAAAGACGCCGUGAUUUUAACGAGAUGUUAUCUCGUACUUACCUCUUUUCAAUCCAAAAACUCCAUG